AGUUUUGAAAAAAAACCGGAGAGAGCGCGAGCGGGCGGCGGGGAGCCGGAGCCGGGGCCGGGGCCGGGGGUAGGCGAGCGGGGCCUGAUGGAAAACACUCGCGACCUGACUGAGCACUCCCCGCGGUCAGAGAGGAAGAGGAGGGACUCAUUUGGAAUGUUUGACGGCUAUGACAGCUGCAGUGAGGAUAGCAGCAGCAGCUCGAGCUCUGAUGAGAGCGAAGAGGAAGUUACCUCAAUACCAGCCAGCCUCCCACUUAUCAAAACCAAUGGACAAGUCUACACAUAUCCAGAUGGCAAAUCUGGAAUGGCCACCUGUGAGAUGUGUGGGAUGGUCGGAGUGAGAGAUGCUUUUUAUUCCAAGACCAAGCGAUUCUGCAGUGUUUCCUGCUCCAGAAGCUACUCAUCCAACUCGAAAAAAGCCAGCAUUUUAGCCAGACUUCAGGGAAAACCUCCAACAAAGAAGGCAAAAGUUUUACAGAAACAGCCUUUAGUGGCUAAACUAGCGGCCUACGCACAGUACCAGGCAAGCCUACAACAGAAUCAACCCAAGAGUAAAGCAGCAGUCACAGUGGAAGGAUUUGACUGGGGUCAGUAUGUUUGGAGCAAUAAAUUUACCGGGGCACCUGUCAGCUGCUUCAAACAUGUACCUAUGGGGACUCACUGGGGAGACAUUGCAGAGGGUGUAAGAGUGGAAGUUCCGAACACAGAUUGCAACCUGCCUACCAAGGUCUUCUGGAUUGCAGGCAUCAUAAAGUUAGCAGGCUACAAAGCUUUGCUCCGAUAUGAAGGUUUUGACAAUGACGCUAGUCUUGAUUUCUGGUGCAAUGUAUGUGGUUCUGAUGUCCAUCCAGUUGGCUGGUGUGCAACUAGUGGCAAGCCUUUAGUUACUCCUCGCACUAUCCAACACAAAUAUACAAACUGGAAAGCUUUUCUUGUGAAAAGACUAACUGGUGCCAAGACCCUUCCACCUGAUUUCUGCUCCAAGGUUGUUGAAAGCAUGCAGUACCCUUUUAAAACCGCCAUGCGUGUAGAAGUUGUUGAUAAAACGCACCUCUGCCGAACAAGGAUAGCAGUGGUUGAAAGCAUAGUGGGAGGUCGUUUACGGCUCAUCUAUGAAGAGUGUGAAGAUGGGACAGAUGAUUUCUGGUGUCAUAUGUUGAGCCCCCUCAUUCACCCUAUUGGUUGGUCUCGAAGCAUUGGACACAGAUUCAAACGAACAGAUGGUUCAAAGAAGCAGGAAGGUCAGUGUGAUGCUGCACCACAGUUAUUUGCAAAGGUGAAGGAUGUGGACCAGAGUGGAGAGUGGUUCCAGGAAGGGAUGAAGCUGGAAGCAAUCGACCCGCUGAAUCUCUCUGCAAUUUGUGUGGCAACUGUCAGAAAGGUAUUGGCUGAGGGCUACCUAAUGAUUGGCAUCGAUGGCUCCGAGGCAGCAGAUGGCUCAGACUGGUUUUGCUACCACUCCACUUCCCCGUCGAUCUUUCCCGUGGGGUUCUGUGAAAUCAACAAGAUUGAACUUACACCUCCCAGAGGUUACUCCAAAAUUCCUUUCAAAUGGUUCGAUUACCUUAGGGAGAUGGGAUCUGUUGCAGCACCUGUCAAACUGUUCAACAAGGAAGUCCCAAACCAUGGUUUCCGAGUGGGAAUGAAACUGGAAGCCGUGGAUCUAAUGGAGCCGCGCCUGGUGUGCGUAGCGACUGUGACCCGCAUUGUCCAUCGGCUCCUCAGGAUCCACUUUGACGGUUGGGAGGAUGAAUAUGACCAAUGGGUGGACUGUGAAUCUCCUGAUCUCUAUCCUGUCGGCUGGUGUGAACUGACAGGCUACCAGCUUCAACCUCCAGCAUCGCAGUCCUCAAGGGAGAAUCAAACUAAUGUGAUGAAGAAGAAGAAAGCAAAGUCCAGCCAGUACAAGGGGCACAAAAAAAAAAGGAAGAAUCCAGUUGGGAAGAAGCCGGUCAGUCUGCUGAUCCUGCCCAUGAGUGGCAGGACGCGCAGCAGUUUCUCUGCGGAUGAUGAGUUGACUCCUCCAUACCGAACUCUCCCAGCCCAGGCAAUCCCAGAGGCCCUUACGCCUCCCAGCACUAGCAGACAGGUCAAUGCCAGGCUCAGAACAGCCAGCAGCAGCAAGCACCGAGAUAUCAUCAUCUGGUGACCUAAGGCUGCCGGCCAUCUCUCCACAGCGUUUACUGGCAGCUACCAGUGAUCUCACUGGAGCACGAGGUGAAUUUUAUGGAUGUCGCCGAGUUCUGACUCCUUCAUGGUGCCUCCUAAACAGGAAAGCAAGGUGACGCGGCAGCUAACCCAGCAACCUCGACACGGCCUCCAAGCUUGUAUCAAGCAGGGAUCCUUGAUCGAAGCAUCUGCUCCUUUUAAUCGGUUGGAUCCCCAACAUGGGAGCAGUUCACCGCAGGACCUCCAGGCUGCGAUGGCGAGGCAGUUCAGUGAUUAUUUUUUACUGUACAUUUGGACAGUUUUUUUCUGGUUCAGGGUGGGUGAAAAAAGACUCGUUUUCAGUUCCCAUGUUGGACAUUCUUGUAUAUUGUACUUGAAGUUAUUUUGCUGGUGGGAUGGGAGGGGAGAAUGUCUGUUUUUGGUGUUUUAACUUUUUUUCUUUUGGUGAAAUGCUCACACGAGUGUUCUGUGACUACAUAUUCAGGUGAAGUUAUGUUAACUUCCAGUGCUUCUGCAUCCUCCAUAGGCAUCACACACCAGACUGUUCCACCUCAUUUCAUCAAUCGAGGUUGAACUUGGUUGUUUUAUUUUUAGUAUAAACUUUAAAACCAGAAGAAAAACCCCUCUCAGGAAGUUGAUGCCUGGUCUCGCUGACUCUGUGUGUAUGCAUGUGAUCUAGGGUGCAGCCAAUUCUCAUCCUCUGAGCCAAUAGUGAUGUAUUGUCGAGUGCGGUGUGGACCCCACAAGGACUGAAGUCUCUAUACGUGACAGCAUUUGUUAACUUAAGUUGAUUCUCAUGUCGCUUCUGGAGCCUCCCGAGUGACUGUGUUGGUACUGUCUCUUUCACCAUAUGGGCUUCUUGUGCUCAACCUGGAUUUUGACUGAUAUUUAAUUUUCCUUUUAUUUAACGCUAAUGUUGCAAUAUUUGAAGUGGAUGGAGGUCUGGUGCUAAAGAGAGCAUCUGAAACCAGCAAAUCCUGGGUGGAUCAUAUUGACCAAGUGACCUCCUUCUGUGCUGCAACUUUGAUGUUUCUUUUUGCACUUCGUUGGAGUUUGAAAUCUGUCAAGUUUCCUCCUAACACAACUCCUGCCUCACCUAGAGGGCAGCGUUCAAAACGGUAGCAUUUGCAAGGGACAUGAUUGACAUAGUAUGAUUUUAUUUUGCCCUGGGCCAAGGAUGCAGGCAGGGAGCUUGCUGCUUUGAGCUGCACCAGUGCCCACUCUAACCGCUAACUUGGUGAGCUUGGGUGAGGAGGAAUUGUCUUGUUUGCUCACUACCACCUCUCCCUCCCUGUGCAGAGCAUCCAGGGAGUGGUGGGCAAGCAUCUAUGUUCUGCCAUUCACUGCUUCAAGAUACUGGACUAUAAACUGGGUCCUGUUUCACUGGCUUUGAAAAUAAUACCGUGAGAAGAAGGAUCCCACUCACUGUUUUAACUACAUUAAGUAAACAGGAGACACUCCCCUUCUGAUUCUGUCACUCUUAUCAAUAGGAACACUAGAUCUUUCAAACACUGACAGUCAGUCCAUCUCCUGAUCCCAUGUGUAUAGAUGUCAUUGAGCUCAUGCAGGGCUAGAUUUGAGAUAUAGUUGGAAGGAGUAGAGAAAGGUGUGUAACUCAUGUUUCCCUAACCUCCACUGCACUGCUCAGCUUUUUUUCUGCUCUGCUGUGAUUUUCUGUGAAGAACCCGAUGACACUGAUUUUAACAGGGAGAUGCUGAUGUUCUGGUCCACACAAGCCCUGAGCUUAGUGCUGUGCAUUGGCCAAUGUCUAGGAGUCUGCUUCAUGCAGGGUUCCACCAAGAUGCUUUCCAUUCUUUCUUUUUGAGUAGUUGAACUUGGGGCCUAUGUAGGAAAGUUGGGAACUGCCUCAUGACAAUACAGCAGCUCGGGCCCUGUUCUUGGUGUCUGCAGUAGAAAGGGAAGGGUUUGGGCACACGUUGAACUCCUCUGGGAAUCCAAUGCAGAAAAGCUGGCUUUCCAGUCAGUUGGUCAAGGUUGUCCAUGAGGUGUGAUUUUAAAAAAAAAAAGUGGUUGCUCAUUCCUGGAGGUUCUGGGUUAAAUUCAGCAACAUUAUCUCCUGUCGAGCACCAUUUAUAAUGAAAGCUUCUCUGGACCUUAUUUGACAGGCUUGAAUCUAACUGACUAUCAAACUGUUGUCAUCUCAGUAUAUUGUUCACACAAAUAUUGAGGUACUGCAGCCAUCUUCCACACCUCCCAUCAGCUGCUGUUUCUGACAUUGUGACUGUAACCUAACGUCAUUGGCCUCACCACUCUUUGUACUUGAGAAUUGUCAGUGUAUAAUGCAAGUUACAGGGAGAAUGAGGACUGGAUGGAAUUGCAGAUCCCUGUUGAAUGUGCUCUUUCCAUCUUCUUUCCCCCCCCACCCCCAACCCAAAACCAGCUAUUUCCUUUGUGGCCUUGUGCCUCCCUCAGAAACAUUGGUUCUUCAUUCAGAGUGCAAAUAUUCCAGGCUUGCGCACAACUCCUGGUGACCCCAUGCGUGCUGAGGACUAAUACGAGUGUCAGUGGUUUUUUACACAAUGUGAGUUCAGCCCUGAUCUUUGUAAUAUGGUGCUACAUGAAUCUUUAAUAUGGAUCAUCAUUUCUUAUCGGAGGGAUUUUGAGAAACUGUGAUUUGAUUCAGGAAACUUCUUCUAUUCUCUUCCUGUUCUAGAGUCGCACGAAUUUUGAUAAAAUUGCAAAAAGGGAAAAAAGAUAUACAUAGUUCCUAAAAAUUCUUUUCCUGCUCCCUGACACAUUGAGCAGGGCAGCAAUGUUGUAGCUAACGGUGGGAUUUAUAUAUUGUUUUCGCUAUGUAUUUUGAUAAUCCGAUUCGAUAAAUUGUACAAAUGUAAUCUUUCCUUUUUACUUAGUACAGUGGCUAUUGGCAAGAAGCUGCCGACCUCUCAGCAUCUGUACGUCAAACAGAGAACUUUUUUUUUUCAGAGAAAUACUUUUCACUAAACAUUAGAUGCAUUAGUCACAGCUUUGUGUAAAAAGAAAUGAAAAUUGUUCACUAAAUGGUCAUUUUUUUACACUUAAUAAAACCUUUUAAAUGGA